AAAGAAUGUUAGGUUUUUUAUAUCGGUUACAAAAGGGCAAACAUCCAUUCUGUAGCUACUCUGGAUGUACAAACAUGUGGUCACGAGAAUAUAAAUGUCUGUGUACAACUGGAAAUCCCAGGUUGUAUAUCAGACUUUCGAGGUCCAAGUCAAGGGCUCUGCCAAGUAAAGGGGGACUCAGUGCAUAUCUAGACUCCAGAUGAAAUGCACAGAACAUGUCACUGAGGCAAACAUGUGCUAGGAGGAAAGGGUGGACUUGGAGAAUGGGAUGGCAGGGGAGGGCAGAGGGACCCUGGGAGCCAGGAGGGCAGGAGGGAUCUGCUGGGCUGGCGGGCGGGGCAGGUACUUUGGCCACAUCCCCCUCUCCUUGUCACCUAGGACCCCUUUGUGACUCUCCUGUUCUGGGUGAUGCAGGCCUGAGGCUAUAGGCCAGCCCGGGCCCCCUCAGCACUCAGUUGCUUCAGGCAGCCCGACUAUUCUCAUGAUGGAGAGCACUCUUGAUUUUGUAAAUGACUCUGAGCCACAUGGCUCAUCCUUAGGGGAGACAAUCCCUAUCCUCACCUUCUUGAGGACUCUGAUUUUCCUAUUCAUAUGUAUUUGCUAUGUUUUUAUAAAACCCGUUAAACCCAUCCGGAAAUACACAAUCUUCAUAAAGAUAUCACUUGACCAAGCCUUCCAACAUGUUGGCUGAUCAGGAGACACUGUCCAGAGCGUCCACAAUCUGUCCCCAGGAUAGAAGGUCCUGAAGGCGCAGAAGUGACAGCUGUCUUCUGCUCUAGUGUGUCCUCCUCGAGCACAGCACUUGGGAGAACACCAAGUGGAGAUUUCACAGACAAAUCCUCCUUUGAGUUUCUCAAACAAGGAAACACUGAAAUUCAUUCAUCACUUUAAGUAUGGCGCCAGGGCAGAGUGAAGAGGAGGAGGAACGGCGCAACCCUGAGAGCUCUGAGAAUGAUCCCGAGAGAGGCCGAGGAGAGAGGGAGGCUGCUUUCUUCCAUGGAAAGGGUCCUGGCUGCAGCUUUGUACCUCCUGUCUUCUGCAGCCCCCUGGGACAGCGCGAUGUGGAUGUCCUCUUCCAUCUACAUCACCCGGCACACCCACACUCCUUCUGUGAGCUGUGCCGGAAAACAACCCGAAAAGCCAAACCAACCCUGCCCUGGGAAUCCCUCCAUGCUGCUGCUCCCUCUGCGGCCCCUUUCGCCUCCAGCACCGCCUCACUCUCAGCAAGCCCUCCAGGACUCCUGCCUCCAGCCCCUCCGCCCCACCCUUCCGCACCCCAAACUCUAGCCAUUCCCCAUCUACCAUGUCACACUCCAAGAGCACAGCCUCUUCUCCAACCAAAGGCCACGUUCUCCUGGAAGACCAUUCUGUCAUUUGGCCCCAGCCUUUCCCGAAACAUCGACCCCUUUCCCCUUUCAUCCCUGGCCAUGCAUCCCACUCACACCCGUGCGUGUCACCACGCACCGCCAGCCCCGUCUGCACCACCACCGCCAGACAGCACUUUAGCCGUGACUCCACCUAAACCGGCUCCUGCCCUUCUGGACCUUGCUCUGGAGAUGUUCUCUCCUGGUAGCGCUCGUGAACUGACCCCUCUUGUCCCUCCAAAGAGAGGCACUGACCCUCCUAAGCUGACAGUGUCAGCAUUCUUCUGGUGGCAGCCUCACGCCCAGGACUUGUUCCCCUCCAAAUGGGCACCCUGUGAUUUUAAGAAACAGCUUCUCGCCCUCCGCUAUUCUGAGGCCUCAUUUGCGGGAGACCCUGCAGCCAGCCUCGGAGUGUCUGCUUCCCUCUCUCUGCCCAACUCUGCCCUGCUGGCUCUCUUUGAGAGACUAGUUAGGAAGAGGGGGAAUUUCCUGAUGUGGAAGGGAGUGGAACAAUACGUGGGCUCUAUUCUAAACCAUCUGAGGCCAGGCAAAUAUCUCAGUGCUUCAGGGACCAUGUUGGCAGCAGCUGCCAGUCAGCAGGGCGUCCCAGGUUCCCUCCCUCGCUGCAGUAGCCAAGGGAAAGCAGCGGAGCUGCACCUGUGCCCGCAGUCCCUGUGCCCUGACACCUGGUAGGAUGACCUGCAGCAAAACACCUGGAGCUGCUCUGGCAGCUGCUGUCUCUGCGUGGCGAGUCCCUGCACUCUGUGGUCCUUGUCGGAGGCAGCUGUCUCCCUACAUUUGUUUUCCUUACCAUAAUUGCUAGUUCCUUCAAAGCUGAAGGAUUCUUGGCACUGGACCGUCUCCAACUGCUGUGCCUGCCCCAAACCCUGCCCCAGUCUCAAUCCCUAACCCUCACCCAGGUCCGGUCUCAGGCCCCAUUUCUAUCCCCACUCCCCAUCCCACCACCUGGGCCUCUAUGCCCGAUUCGGAUCUGUGAGGUGAGUUUGCUUCAGAAGAAAACUGGACUCCACCAUCAACCUAGGCUCAUACCACCCGGGUGGGGCUCAUGCAACACCUGCCACACCCGUGGGUGUCCGUCACUCUUAAGUCCUCACAGAGAAACUCCUGACAUGUCAAUGUGCCAUCGUCCCCUCUCCUAUGUUUUGUUCAUACGCGGUCAUGGGAGAAAAGACCUUCAAUAUUUGCUCUUCAGCCCACCUAGCUUCCGAGAGACCAGCCCAAAACUCCCACUAAAGAAGGAUGCCAGCAAGAAUCAGGAACUAAGCAAGAAGAAUGGCCCAAAAGAUCAUCCUGGCACAACAAAUUCAAAACACGGAAUCUCCAAGUGCCCAGCAAGAAGCGUUAAAGCUUUUCCUGGAGAAAAGGUCAGAGCAACAAAAUCAGCUCCCAGCCUGCAUCAUCCCCUCCCUGCCUCUUCCCCUGCGGGAAAAGGGGCACAGGGAGACCUAAGACCGUCCCCCUCUGACGCCAACCGUGACCUUCCAGAGAAGGUCUGGACAGCUGAGGACGGCAGGCAGACUGGCCUGCAGCCCCCUCAGGACAGCACAGACGAGACGUUAGAGGAGUCCCCUGGGGGCGCAUCUUCCCCAGCCACGACAGCGGAGGGACAGCCUCCUGCUCAACCACGCUUGAGAAAGCGAAUGCUCCGACUGUGGCAGUGGCUUCGUAAGCCCAGAAGAAAGCCCAAGGGGCAAAAGAAUUGUCUGUGGGAGGGCAGCUCCCUGUCGUCUCAGGAGACUUCCUCAACUGCCCUCCUUGGGAGGCCUCAGCACCCUCCCAGCUCCCCCUCCAGGGCUCAGGGAGUCCACGGUCCUCCACCCACCCCUUCCCGUCCUCAGAACACUGGAAGAUUUAGACUUUUCCCCUGCAUUUGCUGAGGGGGGAAAUCACGCCCCAAAAACUUCAACAUGGUUCUCUGAAUAAAUGCUCUGCAAGAGA